AUGCUCCUACCACAGAUAGCCGACGAACACGACGCGGACAUCCUGAUCCUGUGUGAACCAUACAGGAGAAGGACGACUCAGACGUACAUUACGAAUGAGACAGAGACCACAGCUAUCUGGGUAAGGGGUGCCACCCAAUCCCGAGUCUCUAACCGCGGUGUCGGGGACGAUUAUGUCUGGGCGAAAGUCGGCGCUGUCACUUAUGUCAGCGUCUACUUGACACCCAACUGCACCGCGGCCGAGUUCGAGAAGAAGGUGGCACUGCUAGAAGACGGUAUCAGGGACCUGCCCGGGGAUGUCAUCGUCGCAGGGGACCUCAACGCGAGGGCGAUCAAGUGGGGAAUGACGGAAGCGAACCGACGUGGACGACUACUGCUGGAGAUGGCCGCAAGACUGGACUUAGCAGUGGUAAAUACGGGACACACGCCGACGUACAGACGACCAGGGUUUGGAAACUCCAUCCCGGACGUGACGCUGACGUCGGACGGAAUCCUGUCACGGCUGAGGAGAUGGCGGGUGAUCGAGGACUAUACAGCCAGCGAUCACCAGUACAUCGUCUUCGAAGUGGCAGGAUGGACAGAAACGAGACGAACGAGAAUCCACCAACCCCCGCGGUGGAACCUUGACAAACUGGACGGACGAAAAUUUGCUGAGGAGUUGAUGCACAAUGCCGAAACGACGACAGACACAGAAAAGACGACCACAAUACUGGUAGACGGACGAGAUCGCCGAAUUGCGCAGGAUUUGCCUGGCAAAUCGGCGACGAGUGACGAGGGCUGGGGGCAGACCCGAAAGGGAAAACCUCCAGGCCAUAUACAAAACAGCACGGAAGACGCUAACGAAAGCAAUACGGGACAGCAAGACGCGAUGCUGGAGGAAGCUCUGCGAGGAGGGGCCCGAGUUCCACCAGAACUCAAAGACGCCGAAACAGUAGGACGAAUUGUUGACGGAUUGUUUCCGACGCACCCGAUACGGACGAACGUGACGGACGACGCUGACGUGCCGGCGCCCCCGUCUUUGUCGCUGAGGAGCUCACCAGAGCAACGAAGGCGAUGA